UCAGCUGGCCGGUGUUUGUCUGGGGAGGCGGAGAGGAGGCGUGCUUGUUUUAGUGACUCCCUUUUAUUAUUUGACGGUAGAGAGCAAGAAUAGGUGGAAAAUAGCGGGAAAAGUGGUGCUGUUGUUGAUUUCUAGAAGGGAGGAAGGAAAGGACGCCAAACUGAAGGCGAGAUGAUGUACCUCUGGAAGAGGAGGAUGGUGCAGUUCUGCCAUCGCCUCCUGAGCUUGCCGAGCAGAACAUGGAAGUGGCUGUGGUGGAAAUACGACCUUUUCAUCCUGACCAUGAAAGUAAUCUUCUACAAUGAGUUCUUGAGCACCAGCUACAUGUUUGAGGUGCUGAUGACGCCCAUGGUGUGGGUGGUGGACCACUUCUCCAAGGCCCUGGGACCAAUCCUGGUGUUCCUGGUGGUGACGCUGACCAGCUCAGUGGUGGCUGUGGUGUACAUCAUCGGGCUGCCGCACUACUGGAACAAGUCGCCACUGCUCACCUGCUUCCUCAUCGUGUUGGGCCACUGGCUGCUCAUUAAUGUGGUCUUUCACUUCACCAUGGCCGCCCUCACUGACCCGCACGCCCCCAAGGGCACACUGAUCAGCGAAGCAGUCAGCGUGUGUAAGAAGUGCAUUGCCCCCAAGCCGCCCCGCACCCACCACUGCUCUGUGUGUAACCGCUGUGUGCUCAAGAUGGACCACCACUGCCCCUGGCUCAACAACUGUGUGGGGCAUUUUAAUCAUCGCUAUUUCUUCUCCUACAUGGCCUAUAUGACUCUCGGGGCCAUCUUUAUCAUGAGUCUGGGCUUCGAGAUUGCCUACCGGGAGAUCUGGCUGGGCGAUGGAGGGGUGGGGCUGGGGGAGGCAAUUAACUAUGUGCUAGAGGAAAGGGGAAUACCAGGGGAUAACUCAGAGGAGGAGAUGGAGCCGUUAGAAGGUUAUCCGGUCUCGAUUAAUGGGACUCAUCUCAUGCCCAUGUAUGACGGGACGGUGGGCACUCCUAUCCGCCUGGAGCGACCCGAGGAGGAGCAGGAGAAGCAGCGGAGGAACUACUGGUACCGCUUUGCCAUCAUGUACAGCGGGAUGCUCACCACAGGUGUUUUCUUCUCCUUGGGUGGCCUGGGGACCUGGCACGGGAGACUCAUAAGCCGGGGGGAGACGAGCAUCGAGGCGCACAUCAACAGAAAGGAGACGGAGAGAUUAGCUAAGAUCAAUCAGGUAUACAAGAACCCGUAUGACUUUGGCGUGUAUGAAAACUGGAGAAUCUUCCUUGGUAUAUCACAAGGAAGAAGUGUGUGGCGAGUACUGCUGCCCUCCCCCCACCCCCCUGAUGGGACUGGCCUCACCUGGCCCAACGCAAUCAUCACAGCUGCUAACCACAGCAAAAUCGCAUGACAAAUACCUUAAGCCCUGCCCUGCCCCGCCCUGCCCCAUCCUACCCUUUCACUCUCCCCUGCCCUGUCCCUUCACCCCCAUCUCACUCUGCCCUGCCCUGCCCUGCCAUGGCCUUUUGUUACGUUGAAGUUGCUUAUAUCAAUAGUUGGUGUGUCAGAAAUUGGUGGUUAGUUUGGUGUGUGGUUUGGUUGAGUGAAUGGAGCGUGUGGUUCUUUGUGGGUGAUUGGUUUGCUGAUUUCUUCCUCUUUAUCUUCUAUCUAUUCCUUGUUUUUUUUUUUCAUAGCCAUCCCUUGUUAUCCACAUGUAAGGAUGUGGAUAAAGAAAGUCUAUAUGGAGUAGGUAAUCCUCUCUUUAAGAACACCACUGAACCCUUUGAAGAAUUAGUACCUUCUUUAAAACCACUUAAGAACAUCACUGAACCUUUAAAGAAUUUGUACCUUUUGAAAAACCAUGUAAGGACACCACUGAACCCUUUCAAGAAUUGGUACCUUCUACUACUGAACCCUUUAAAUUAUUAGUACCUUCUUUAAAACCACUUAAGAACAUUACUGAACCUUUAAAGAAUUGGUACCUUUUAAAAACACCCUUGAAAUCCCCACGGUCUUGUUCAACUCUGGAAAAAGAUGCGUGUAUUUGGUUAGUGACAUUUUCUUUAUCAGUUAGUCUAAAAAAAAGAUAAGGAAAAAUGGUGAGUAUUAGAAGUUGGCUGUGUCUAACUGCCUGCCAGCUGAAAUCUCAAAAAAGUCUUGUUCACCUCUGGAAAAAAAUGGUUGUAUGUGGUUAGUGACAUUUUCUUUAUUAGUUAGUCUAAAAAGAUAAGGAAAAAAAUAUUGAUUACCACAUUCAAGUUGGCUGUUCCUUAUUGCCUGCCAGCUGAAGUCCCAAAAAAAAGUCUUGUUCAACUCUGGAAAUAACUACUUGUAUUUGGUUAGUGACAUUUGAUUUACCAGUUAGUCUAAAAACAGAUAAGGAAGACCACUGAUUAGUACAAGUUGGCUGCCUCUCACUGCAUGCUAAGUGAAAUCCCCAAAAAAGUCUUGUUCAACUCUGGAUUUAAUUACUUGUAUUUGGUUAGUGACAUUUAAUUUAUCAGUCAGUCUAAAAAAGGUGAGGAAAAUUAGCGAUAAGUACAAGUUGGCUGCUUCUCACUGCUUAUCUGAAUCCACGUGUAGAAAGUGAAGCUGUGAGGAUUGAAACUGUGUCUAAUGAGGGAUGACUGUCUCCAUUAUUUGUUCUUUUGUGUGUCAUAUUGGCCAAGGGCAAAAAAAUAAUAAUAAUAAUAAAAAAAAAAAAAAAAAAAAAAAAAAAAAAAAAACUAAAACCAACCAAAGAGAAAAAAAUCUUAACUUGCCAAUUUUUCCAAAGAAUUAGAAUUACGUUAGAAAGUUUUAGCCUUUUCAGUUAAUCUUUGUGUCAUCGUUACUUCAUAUCUGUGUCUUUAUUCAUCUAUCUAUUCACUACAAGUUGUGUAAGAUUUGUUAAUAAUGAUGCAAAAAAAAAAAAAAAAAAAACUUAUGAAAGAUAGAUAAAGAGAUGAAAAGAAAGGAAGCACAGAUAGAUUGAUAAAGGAAGGGAAAGGAAGAGAAGACUUAUAUAGAUGAAAGACAUGAAGAUAGAGUGAUGAAAAGGAAGGAAACACAGAUAAAUAGAUAAAGGAAGGGAAGACAUGUAUAGAUGGAAGAAGUGAAGAUAGAUAGG